AUGUUCAGGAAAGGAAGGAAUGACCCUUUAGAAUUAUUAAGAGAUCAUGUGAUUCAUCAUAAACAAAUUAAAUUGAAAAGCAAAAAUACAGACCAUAGAUUGUUUUUCGAUAAUAACGUUGAAUUUAAAUGUUCUACUGUAAAUUCUUUAUUUAUCAUUAAAAGGAAACAGCAUGGAAAUCUAAAUCAGGAUAAGAAUACAAUCUUGGAGCCUUGUGGUGUUUCCUAGAUUGCCAUUUAUAGGGGUUAGAAUAAAAAAAUUAUAGAGAGAAAGCAUUCAAUCUCAAUUUUAAAUAGGUUUUUAAGGCUGAUAAUUAAGACAUAAUUGAAUAUUUCACUGGUAAAGUCGACUAUACGGAAUGUAUUGAUCCAGACAAGAAGGCUAUCAAAAAAGACGAAGACAUCGAAUUACCAAGCCAAAAAAAAGUUAAGCUUGAUUAAGAGAAGGAAGUAAUCUGUUAAUUUAGGUAGCCACUUACUGAAAAAGAAUUCAAUCUUAAGGUGUUUGAUGAGAUUUUGAGGUUUGAAAAACCAAUUACCACCAGAAAUAGGUUAUUUAGAGUUUAAGACAGAACUUUUGAUGAUAUCUUUAAGACUGCCUAGAAAGUAUUUAUAUUUGCCUGAGAAUAUAAAGAUCUUUUAAGGGAAAUAUGUAGGAGUGGGAGGAGAUGAAGAAGAACUCUAGUAAAUACUAGGAACCAGAAUUCAAGAUGUGAAUAAAGCUAAAUAACUAUCAAGUGCUAAACUAUCAUAUUCGGUGUUGAAUGAAUUCAUUAAAUCAAAAGAAAAACCUAUUAUUAUAGUGCCUCAAUUAGCUGAAUUAGGAAAUGUUUGUUUGAGGAAUGUGUAAUAAUUUUUAGAAUAAGGCUAAUAUCUAGACCCUAAUGGACUCAAAUUUACCAAUGAAUCCAGAUCUGUUUAAAUUAAAGUAAAAUUGAGAUUGACUGACAUGUAUGGAUUAAAUUGUGAUAUUUAGUGAAUAAUAAUUUAUUGUAUUGGAUAAUCCCAAUACAAUUAACAAUUGGAAAAGAGUGGUCGCAGUAUUUUUGAGAGGAUCUUCUUAUGAGUUGAAACAAUUCCCUGAUCAAAAUCCUAAUCAAUUAUUUAAAAAGUAAUUAUUUUUGCCACCUCAAUCCUAGUAUUAGAGGAUAUCACAUCAAAUUUGAAGAGGACAAAAUAAAGGACAUGAUCAAGUAAUGGAAUGUUAAGGUUUUGGAUUUGCACAGAAGCAAAAGGUACCAAGAUAUUGAUGUAGUGAAUGCAUUUUGGGAGGACUUAGAAGCAUUUCUCUUGAGACCUGCUAAGUAAUCAUAAUAAUGA